AGUUCGCGAGAACCACGACUGGAAGUCAACAGAAAACCGGGUCGACUUUGGUGAUUAAUUUCAAAUUCGUCUAGUCACAAACCACCGAAUUGAUUACCAACCAUCGUACAUAUAACCAGCCCUUUAAUAGUAGUAACAUUCCAUAACUGUUGUUUGUGCUAUAUUUGAAUAUAAACAAAUCAAAUUAAUUAAUUCGUCUCAAAUUUAAAGGUCAAUGAGUUAUUUUACUAACAAUUCGAACCCUUUGUAUUCGUACACACCCCAGAGAAAUAAUGGCUUGAAUCAUUUGCAACAACUGCAAUCCGGAGAUAUUCAAGGUAAUGCCAAUACAAAUGGGGCUGAUGCCAAUUCUUUAUCUGCAUCAAUAGCUCAACAUCAACAAUCUCAAUCGGUUCAACAAGGUCAAUCUCAAGUACAAACACCGCAACAACAACAACAACAACAACAACAACAUCAACAAAGCCCGCAACAACCCGGAAUUAAAACCUCACCUCAUGUACAAUCAGGAACAUCUCCACAACAAACUUCAACUACUCAAUCUGUAGGCCAAAAUGUAGGUCCUCAAUCUACUCAAUCGGCUCAACAAGUAGUUGGUGUUGUUAGAUCAAAUGUUGAUGGUCCUGAAGGAUCAUCACAAUCAGCCGAAUCUCCAUCUUCAGGUAAUAAUGAAAUUUCAAAUUCAAAACCUCAACGAGUCAAUAGACCAGGUCAUAGAUUCGGAGCUAAAAAGAAAUCUUGGGUUUGGUCAUGGUUUGUUCAAGAUAAUCUGGAUCCAAAUGUUGCAGCUUGUGAUUAUUGUGGAAAAAUAAUUAUGAGAUUAUCUUCUGAUAAGGGUUCACCAAAGAAAUUAAGUGAACAUUUAAAAGUUCAUAAAGUUAGUAAAGAAACAAUUAAUUAUUCUCGAGCAAUUCCAGUAGAUGGAUAUGGAGUUACAUAUAAUAAUCAUGGAGAACCAAUUGAUUAUCCACCUAAUUAUCAUGAACAACAAGCAACAGCUGCAGCUGCAGUAUCUGCUGCCACUGGUAAUGAUUCAAUUGUUCAAACUUCUUCAUCAAAUUCUUUAAUUAAUACAACUUCUCAAGGUCCAACAAAUUCUAAUACAAAUACAGGAUCAAGAGGAAGAAAUUAUCAUAGUGGUACAACAACUACAAAUACUCCAACAUCUAAUAGAUUUAAUGCAGAAACUUAUUCUCAUAUUCUUAAUAAUAAUAAUAGGAGAUUUUUAUCUAAUGAUUUUGAUAAUUCACCUUAUUCAUCCAUGAAAUUUCAUAAACAUUUAAUGAAAUUUUUGACGGAUAAUAAAUUACCUAUUACGGUUAUUAAAUCUCAUUCAUUUCAACAAUUAGUAUAUGAUUUAAGACUGGAUUCUGUUGGUGAUUUAAUUGAAUUAACUGGAUUAUAUAAUACAUUAUUAGAAGUAAGUAGACUAUCUGAAGCACCUGAUGGAACAGAAUCUGAGAGUUAAAUUUUUUCUACUUGUUAACUGAAAUAAUUUUAAACCUGUAUAACCCCUGUAUUGUAUUGUAAUAGUAAUA